AGCAAACACAGAAGAGAAAUAAGCUGCACAUACGUCGCACAGUCACAUGUAGAAGUAGAUCUGCCCCGAAAGCAUCCUGUUUUCAUGCCAUGAUGUCGGCCACACUGUUUCUGCUUUUCUUUCUGACUGGAUAUGUGUUUGCCACAGAGCCUCCUGGUGUGGACUGCAUGGUGAUUAAUCUUGAAUAUGUCCAUUGCUCCUGGAAUAGAAACUGGACUCCAAAAGCCAACUACACCUUCUUCAGCAGAUUCUAUCAUGAAGAGUUCAAGAAGUGUGCCUCCUAUGUCUUAGAGAACAGCAUGAACAUUGGAUGUAACCAGCCCUAUAGUGACAUAUCAUGGAAAAGGUUUAAUUCAUUUUAUACUAAACUGGAAUAUGACAACAAGAGUUUCACCAAGGAGCAUUCCCUUCAAAAAGAAGUUAAGCUAAAUCCACCAACCAAUCUGACUGUAUUGAAAGGAACCGACUCCAACCUGUGGUUCUACUGGAACCAUACUGCUACACGUUGUGUUGAGAGUGAGAUCCGUUACAGAAUAGACAACAGCAACUGGGAGGUUUCCAAACUUGGAAGUGGGAAGCAGAAUUAUUGCAUCAACUUGCCUUCCAGCAGUUCUCAAUAUGAGGUGCAGGUGAGGAGCACUGUGGAUAAGGACUGUGGCAACUCUCAUUACUGGAGUGACUGGAGUCAACCUGUGGUCUGGGGAUCCAUGAGGAAGAGCAAUGGCACUGACCCUCACCAACUCAGUGACUCAAUGUCUGUGUGGACCCCAUUGAUGUAUUUGGCGGGCGCUGUCACACUCAUCCUGCUGGUCAUGAUGUUGAUGUACCACGAAAGGCUCAGAAUCAUCCUCAUCCCAAUUGUUCCCGACCCACACAACAAGCUGGGUGGAAUCCUGAAAGACCACAAUGUAGAGGACUGGCUUCCUAUCCCUGAAUCAAUGAAAAAAGGUUUUCAUGCUAACUUCAAUGAGCGUGCGUGUCCUGUCUCUGAGUGCAGCACAAUCUCAGAGUCUGACAGCGAGAGUUCCGACAACUCCGCUUUGUCUGUCACCACCGACCAAACUGACUGCUCCACCAGCAACCCAGGAACCGACUCAGAAGACCCGUCGACGUCCUCCUGCACUCUGUUGAUGUCCUCUGAGGAGUAGCAGGUUUUGGUUUAGGAGGAAUCUAAAUCAGAAGCGUGAUUCCCCAACCUUUUUGAAUCCAGAAAUUGUGAUACAUCUUGUGCACAUACUAUAAAAACAAAAAUGUACAAUCUUAAGGCAACUGGUUGUUUAGAUAUUUAGAAUUUUCUCAAGAUAGGGAAGUUAGUUGCUUCAUUCAUUCAUUUUCUGCCGCUCAUCCAGGACUGGGUCUCAGUGGCAGCAGACAAAGCAACUCAACCCACACUUCCCUACCCUUGACCAAGUCCUGUAACUCUUUCCAUAAACUGUCAUCAUCCACAGUGGCCAGGUUUGUGCAUGUUUAUUACUGAAAAAAAAAAAAGAAUUUCCCUUCCAUCUUGGGGUUACCUCUGCCCAACCUUGUUGACGGAGGAAAUAAAAAUCCAAAUCAUGAGUAACUGGAAUAUUAGAAGCAGAAGGAUGUGUUCCUUCUUUUCCUGCCUGAACUGACUCCUCAAAAAGUGCAGUAACAUUUCCACAAUCCUGGACUUUCAUUUUUCUCAUCCCAUUUUUCAGAUUUAUAUAUGUAAUGUUGUAAAAUGAACUGCAUAUAAAGAUAGUGUAAAACUGACAGAAAUGAAAAAAAUAAUUAAUUUUUUAAACACACCUGAAUGUUAAUAAAAUUAAUACAAACAAAUGCAUCUGGGAUAAAAUGUUUGAUAAAUGGAAUGAGCAAAUAAAAUGUAUGAUUGUGGAACUAGAAUGUAUUUAAUUGAAUAAAAUGGACAUGAGUUACAAAAAGAAUAAAAAAAAAAAAAAAACUUGACCAAGCUUCACAUCAAGCAUAUGUACUGUGUAGCAACCAUGGCUAGAACCAAAAGGAUAGCGGUUUAAGCCCUAGCUACUUCUGUUUGUCAAAAUGGGUCAAACUGCCCCCAGUCCCACCCUGGUGUGUGACGAUAAAGUUCCAUGAUAGCUUAUUUUAAUUCAGUUCACUAGAACAUCAGUUGUGUGUUGAGCUCAAAGUUCAUCAAAUGUAAAAUAUAAAAAAUUUCUUAAAAUAUUUUACGUUAUUAUAUGGCUGCAAUGCUACGUGCACUCUGAUUGGCUGAUUUCAAAAUAUCAGACUGGUUACCAUAAUAAUCGGUCCGGAAUGCUUAUCACAUUUGUUACAAACCAGAAAACUAAAAACAUUAUUAGAAAAACCAAGUUGGACAUGAACACACACCAUAAUUAUGUAAACAACAUCAGGAAAAAAAAAAACGGAUUAAAAGCUUACCAACUAACGAACAGUGUCGCAGACUGAACGAUCCGACUCUAAAAAUUGAUCUGUCAUGCCUCCACUGUGCAUGCAUCAUUUU